ACACAGCGUGCCAUUGCAACACAGGAGUGAUGGUUGCUGAUAAUGGGCCUCUGCACACCUAUGUAGAUAUUCCAUUAAAAAUCAUCCGUUUCCAGCUACAAUAGUCAUUUACAACAUUAACAAUGUCUACACUGUAUUUCUAAACAAUUUGAUGUUAUUUUAAUGGACAAAAAAAUGUUGGUUUUCUUUCAAAAACAAGGACAUUUCUAAGUGACCCCAAACUUUUGAACAGUAGUGUACAUAAAGCCUAGUAAUAUAACACGCAGACCUUUAUGCUUUUAUUCACUGUGUUAAUACAAUCCAUUUCUCUGUAGCUCUAUGUGUCACUGUGUCACCGUGUCACUUCCUCCAAUGUAUUAUAUAGGACAGGACCUUUAAUUUAAAAAAGGGAACAAGCGCUUUUCCCAACUUCACUUUUGGUUUAGACUUCUCUCAAAACUCUUCAACAAUAACCUCUUAUCUAAGUCAAUGCUUUAAAGUAUUUACUGACAAUACCGUUACAAAGAAUAUCACUGUUAUAUACAGUAGGUCUGCUAUAACUCUCCCACAAGUAAAAACAUGUUUUAUGUUCAAUUAUUUUAGUGCAUUUGCCAGAUAUAAUAGUUAAAAUCCUGAAAGAUAGGUUGACUCAUGGUUUAAAAUCUCGUCAGAAAAACAGUGAGACCAAACCCAUGAAUGUGAAUAUGAUUGGUUCACAUCCUCUGACAAAUCAGCAACUGUCAGGAAUUAGAUAAAGGUGAUAGAAGUGGAAGUAGAGUAAUGGUGUUUUUUUAAUGCUCUCAGCAUUGUUUUUCAGCUCUGUUUGAUCUGAUAGUGGUCAACUGUAACAUUGUAUUCAAACUAAAAAAGGAUUUCCAUCAGAAAUUCAAUCAGAAAUUCAAGGGAAUUAAAUCAUAGGAUAUUUCUCAGUUAUUUCAUGAAUCAUAACUGUGUGCUUUUUAGGAGCUAAACUCACAAGGUUUUUCUAAAGUCAUCUUCAUUUAUAUGAUGGAAAGCUACAUCAUUUCAUCUGCAUCCGAAGGAAUAAUCGCAUAUGAACCCGAGAAUUAUCGACCACCAGUAGAGAUAUACUCAUAUCUCACCAAUGUUGGAGAACUUCACGAUGAACACGGUUGGGACUACCACUCUGACAGGGGCAUGCACCAGAGUGACUUGUUGGAAACUUCCUCACAAGAGAGUCACUUGACAGAGCUCCAGAGUGUCCAUUCCCAACAACUCCUCCACCCCUAUCGCUACCCCGAUACCGACACCCUCCAUCUGCCACUAGUAGACCCAGGACUGGGACCCCUAACCCUAACCCCACAGAUGCCUUAUUGCAGCCGUACAGUGUAUUACCAUCAGCAGGCUCCUGUGUCCCCUAGCCGCUACUGCUCAGAGGAGGAGGGACCUGGGGGCCACAGCCCCACCUUGGAGGUGUCUGAGGGAGAGGAGGACUACGGAGACCAUAUCCCCUCUGGGGGAGACUCCAGUAGCAAGAGGAAGAUCCGUCUGUACCAGUUCCUCCUGGAUCUGCUGAAGAAAGGAGACAUGAAGGACAGCGUGUGGUGGGUGGAAAGAGAGAAAGGAAUCUUCCAGUUCUCUUCUAAACACAAGGAGACUCUGGCCAAUCGAUGGGGCACGCAAAAAGGAAACAGGAAGAAGAUGACAUACCAGAAGAUGGCCAGGGCCCUGCGGAACUACGGCAAGACGGGAGAAAUCAAAAAAGUCAAGAAGAAACUGACGUACCAGUUCAGUUCAGAGGUACUGAGGAAAGUCUCAACUACAGAGAGGAGGCACUUCCCCCGCUAAGGAUACCAAAGAUUGUUUAUGUAAUGCCUCUUUAUACAGGCUUUGGGUUUAGGUCUACCCUCACUGAUAUGCAUUGCAAAUAGGACAAUCAAAUCAAAAAUCUAAUUUGAUUGGUCACAUACACAUGUUUAACAGGUGUUAUUGCGGGUGUAGCUAAAUGCUUGUGUUUCUAGCUCCAACAGUGCAGUAAUAUCUAACAAUACACAAAAAUACACACAAUACACACCAACCUAAAAGUUAUAAUGACUUUUCCCUGUUCACUC